UUUUCAAAAUGGCGGUAUCUGUAGGAAGUGGACUGUGGAUCAUUUUGACAUUAGCCGUUGUCCUUUUCUAUUUCCUGGUUUUCGAUGUUUUCCCAAAGGUUGAACUACUUGCCAGGUUGUUCCUGAUAGGAAAACUUAGAGAAAAGGGGAGCAGAUCGAAAAUAUUCAACCUUUUCGACGUUCCAAAGCGAUGGUUCACCCACUUCUAUAUGCUUGGCGUUGUGGUGAACACUUCCCUGCUUAUCCUACUGGCGAGAGUAGUGGUGUUCCGCGUUCCCUUCCCACAGCCAGUGCAGAAUAUCUUCAACACCCUCUGGGCACCCAACCACACACCUGAGGGCGUGUCAGGAACAGCUGUUGUGGUGGUGUUGGUGAUGGAAGAGCUGCAGGUGUUGCGGCGAUGUUACGAGUGUCUGUUUGUCAGUGUGUUCUCGGACAGCAAGAUCAGUGUCGUACAUUACAUCAUGGGGCUACUGCUGUAUCUCACCUUCGGCAGCUGUAUUCUCGCAUCAACUGAUUUUAACAACUUCAGAAUGACAGGUGUUGAUCAGGUGGGCCUGCUGUGUGUCGUUGUGGGCUGCUUUCUCUUCUUCCUGGCGUCAAUGUUGCAGCAUCAGACACUACAUAUCCUGUCCAAACUCAGGAAAAGCCACUCUGGAGUGGUGGAGAAUCGCCAGCAUCUGUUGCCCAAUGGCGGACUGUUUGAGUACGUGUCCUGCCCUCACUUUUUCACCGAGAUCCUCAUCUACCUGGCCAUGAACAUCGUGGUCCAGUUCCAGCAUCAGGCCUGCCUUAGCAUCGGCAUCUUCGUUCUUGUCAACCAGGUGAUCAUGUCCCUCAUGACGCACGACUGGUACCGCAAAAACUUUCGCAUGUUUCCAAAAGACAGAAAAGCUGUCUUUCCUUAUCUUUUGUGAAAAACACAUCUUGGUAUUUCAGAACAUGUUUUGAAAGAUGAAAAUAUUUUGUACGCUAUUUAUAUAUAGUUCAAUCAGUAUUUGUAUCCUAUUUCUCAUCUCUGUAAUGUUUUAUCAUGGCCAUGUGCAUCCUCAAUUAUUCAGUGUAUCACAUUUCCGUUUUGUUGUGAUAAGUACCCUGGACCCAUACUAUAGCAAGGCUCCAGAAGGGACGGGGCCUUCUCAAUCUCUCUUACCACUUAACUGAGAACUUCUGUAACUCAUGAGGUAGCCCAGUUGUCUAUGGAGCCGUGAUUCGCUGUGCAGAGUUGCAUCCCUUGGGCACGCCACAAACCUAUGAUCUUGGGUUCAAAUACUGGUUCGACCCGAUUUUGUUUCUAGGUUUGUCAGCUCCACACCUGUUCUCGUGGGUUUCACCAAAGUGGUAAACGUCUGAGACCUCCGUCUCUUCAGGCUUUCCUCCCACAUCAAGCUGACAUGCUGUGAUAUAAGAGGCAUAAACCCGACUCACUCAGUCUCUCACUCACUGUAGCCUUGUUCCGGAAGUGGCAGCACCAUCUCAAUCUCUCUUUUCACUGUAACUCACAGAACGUCUCUUGCUUAUGAGCUUGAAAUCCUAAACCUAUCCAUUAUCCAUCAUCUUCUGAGGGGGAGUUUGCAGAGACCUACAUUUUAUGAUCGUGAUCUCAUCUGAUCAAACCCUGAAUGUAUUUCAUUGAAGAAAGCUCAGGAAUAAACUUUAAGCUAGAAAAGAUGGGGUCUUUUUUAAAAUGUAUUUGCGAUGUCAAAGGUCAAAAUGAGUACUGGUGAAAAUGCUGAAUGAACAGGUUAGUUUGAUUGGUCAUCUAUUUUAGAGUCUUCAUUAUGACCCCAAUCAAAACAAAGGUCUGGCGGCAAAUGGAUCCAAGGUAUGUAUCAUUAUAGAAAGGAGAUAUAUUAUCCUGGAUAAUAGAGGAUGGCCCAUUAUGGGUGAUAAAAGGUUAAGGCUAAACAAUAAAAUACUAGUGUUUCAGGUCACAUGGACCCAAGUCACCCAACAUAUAUGGGUCAGUAGGUAGUUGUUUUUUCAUUUCAUUUAAUAUUUCCUUCAAUAAUGUUUGAUACAGCUCACUUCUUUAGAACUGAUGUUAGUUGCAAUGUUUUUUGAAUUUGUAGGUUAAAAUAGCUACAGCAACAAUGAUAUGUGGAAACACAAAUGGGUUACCUGAAACAAGUCUUUUUUGUUGACUUGAUUUAAAGUUUAUUUUUUAGGACAAAUUAUGAAUGCAUAAUCUCUUGAGUCAAAACUGCUUCUUAGAAUGUAUAUCUAAGCUACUACUACUUUUGUUGAAUUCUGUGUUGUAUAAAGCAGAAUUUUUUAAAGCAUUUUACUAGUCAAAAACCCACUUUAGUGCUGAUCCUUGAUUGGGUGGCUGAUGGUGGUGUUUUUCAGUUUUUCUUACUGAACGGUUGUAGUUGCCUUGCUGUAAAAGGCAAUUAUGCUUGUUGUAAGAGGCAACUAAUUGAAUUGGGUGGUCAGGCUCUCUGAUGUGGUUGAUGCCUGUCAUUGCAUCCCAGUUGUGUUGAUUGAUGCUCAUGUUGCAAUCACUGGAUUAUCUCGUCCAGACCACCAUCAUGUAGCUGGAAUAUUUCUGAGUGCGGCAAACAAACAAACAAAACGUAAGUGAUCAAGUACUAGGCUAUUCAGAAAUCCGAGAAAAGGUAUUUUUUUCAAAUCUGUAAUCUAAUGCAGACAAUAAUGUACUGGUUACUGACAUAUUUUGACAAUAAUUUGGUAUAUGCGUUGAAUUGUUUUGCUGACUCAACAACUUAUGUAAAGCUGUAUCGUGUAUACAUACAACAAUUUGCGAAUGCUUUGUAGUGUUGUCUGUCAAUUUUCAGAUUACUGUUGAUUUAGCCUGAAGCUGCUAUAUUUGUCCUAAAAAAUGGUUGUGUUUUCCAUGCAGAUGUUAAGAAACAACUUCUGUAAUCUUUUUCUAUGUUAUUUCUCAAUAAGUUGGCCAUCUGCAAUAAGAAAACUGAUAAUGAUAAAUGAAAACAUCUUUAUAGUUGAACGUUAUUAGUAUAUAGAAACAUGAAUUGUUAAUGCAUAAUUGAAGUUGCCUAUGUGUAAUUAUUAGUAUACUGUAUGAGUCUAUUGGCACCUGGGUGUAAGUACAAUGUAUUGCCGCACGUGAUGAUAUUCAGCUAAAGUACACAAUGUUUCUUUCAGGCAUUUGUUCUCAAUUCUCUUAGUUAUUGUUUUUCGUUAAGGUUUUUCGAACUGCUUCCUUGGCAGUAUUUUAUGGUUAAUAUUUUAGAAAGGUAUUUUUUACAAAAAUUUAUUGUGCAAUCAACCGUUCAGUAUUUAAGCUUGCUGAUUUUUCUGUACACAUGUUUAGCAACAUUGAUAUAUAUCAUUUGGCUAAUAAAUUAGAAUUUUUUUUCAGUUUAGUGCGGGUUGCCCCGAACAUAGGCAUUUCUUGUUGUAGCCCUAUGAUGUUUUUAAUAAUGAUGUCCGGGUGUUUGAGUUUUGGAAUGACUGUUGCCUGACCCCUGUGUUCCGUAGUGUUACACUGAUUCAUCUAUCUGUGUAUUCAUAAAAGUCGGCCUAUAGGGUAUUUUUACAAACAGGCUUUGUUAUUAAAGUUACAUGUGGUAUCCUGACGACUGUUCAGAGCUCUGUUUAGACCAAGAGAGACACUAUUUAACAGAGUUCCCCUGAUAACUAUAUAUAUUUAUAUAUAGAACUUGUAUUAGGGUCAUGACCUGUUACUAUGGCACCUAUUUAUUAUUACUAUGCUAUACUUGUAUUAGUGCCAUGACUUUUCAGUAGGGUGUUACCAUGGCAACAAUGUUUGUAUUAAGGCAAUGAUGACUUGUCACCUUGAUCAUGCUGAUGCCUUCCUUUCCGUUUACUGGUAUUCAUAUGGGUCUAUUAGAGCCUCCGGUGUCAGAGCAGUGACCAGAAGAGAUACGAUUAUGAUGCACAGAGAUUAUUAUCCUGGUUUGUUUCUAUAUCUUUCUUAAAUGUCAUGUGUAGAAUGAAAUAUGACAUUUAUGAUAAUAUCUAAACCCAUCUCUUCAAAGUUGAAUACAUAUUUCAUUUCUCCUCAUCACUUCUUAUUUGCAUCUAUGUAUGAGCUGCCCAAAGGGUGUCACAUGUUGCAUAUUGAUGCAUACGGUCAUAACUUCAUGUCUAAGAUACUUAUGAUAUCUAAGUUACAAUAAGCAAGACCUAGCACCUGUGUGCAUUAUUGACAGCUGCAGAGUUCAUGUAUGUGUUGACUGCAUUCACUCAGUAAAUAAAGAUCUAUCAGGUACAACUUGGCCCACUUGCACAAAGCGAUCUUAGCGCUAAGAUGAUUGUAACUCCAAUUCGUUAACAUAGGCUUAUGAUAGUCUGCAAAGAUUGCUUUGUGCAAGUGGGCCCUGGUGUGCAUAUUUGUAUGCAAGAAACCAGUUGGUUAAUGGUAAAUAUCUAUGUGUACUUGCAAAUACACAUCUUACAGGAGAAACUGCUGAUGCAUACAGUGCUAGGUUUGUUAAUGGUCAGGUUGACAUUCUUUUCCUGCCUCACUGCAGUGAACAACCUCAAUUAUAAUAUUUGCUGCUAUUUUUGUUUAUAGACACUCAUAUAAUGGAAACACAAGCUAUGACAACAAACUGCCUUGGGCGCAAAUUGCAGUGAAUAUUGUACUGUUGAUGUGUCCCAACACCAUAUGCUCUGCAGUAUUGCAAAUGUGAGGUUAAUUUAUAACUUACUAGCUCUGAAUGUAUCAUUAACAAAAAUAUAUAUGCAUGGACAUUGUUUAUCAUUUCACUUUGAUUCUAAGGAAAAUGAAGUUUAUGAAAAUGGAUAACAUUUAAGAAUGUACAUAUUUUGAGGACUUAUUACUUUUAGCUUACCUAAAUCAUGGGUCAUGUGAGGUGAUCUCAAUGCAUGUUCAUCAGAAAUCCUUGUCGGGUCAUAAACGUUUACUUUUUGAUCACUAAACACAUCCAAUCUUACAAGCUUCCAUUGUAAACCUUUCACUAGGAGGAUCAUCUCGGCAUGAGACAAAACAUUAUUUCUACAAAUGUCACAAUUACCCCAUACUAAUUAAUCAUGUUAACUGACAGUAUUUAUUGUUAGGAAUCAUUUGAAAUUGUUAGAUGUUUUCAUGUGUUAGUUUUACCUCAGCAUCAUUUUAUUAUGACCUUAUUGACAUAUACAUUUGAUAUGAUUGCUUGCCAUUUACAUUUAUUCUAAUUUAUCAUAUUUAUGAAAUUCAUACUCCAAAAUAAAGCUCAUAUAAAA